CGGAAAAUUUUCUAUAAAUCCCUCUCAAUGUUAUUCACAAGCUCCAGAACUUGAAAGUUUCAUCCCAACUUAAGAAAGAAAGCAAAUCCUAACUUCAUGGAUAGUAACUGGACACUUAUUAGACAUUUCCAAAUUGCAGCAUUUCCAAACAUUACAGAGAACAAUAAUGUAUUUUUCCUGUUAUUUUUCUGCAUCUAUAUGUCGGGUUUACUGGGUAAUUUAAUCAUAAUUUCGGCAGUGAUCAUUGAUGUCCGUCUACACAAGCCUAUGUAUAUUUUCCUCUGUAACUUGUCUUCUGUAGAUAUCAUCUUUAUAUCAUCUACUCUUCCAAAACUGAUGGAUAUUUUAGUAUCAGGAAACUUCUCCAUACCCUUCAUACAAUGCUUCACCCAAUUGUACUUUUUCAUGUUUGCGGCAGGUACGGAGGACAUCUUAUUGUCUCUGAUGGCCUAUGACCGGUAUGUGGCCAUCUGUAAACCCUUACAUUACCACCUGAUCAUGGAUAAAAAGAAGUAUGUUGUCCUCUUAUUGGGCACCUGGAUUUGUGGGUCAGUAAAUUCCUUAUUUAUGACCAUUUCCAUCUACCAGAUGGACUUUUGUAGUUCUAAUAAAAUCCAGAAUUUCUUUUGUGAUAUCAAAGCAUUGGUGAAGAUCUCUUGUAACAACACCGGCUUCAACAUCAUACUCUAUGUAGAAACAAUGCUACUCGCCCUCUGUCCAUUCCUCCUUAGUGUAACAUCCUAUAUAAAGAUAAUAAGAAGUAUUCUCAUGAUCAAGUCCAACAAAGGGAGGAAGAAAGCCUUCUCCACCUGCACGUCCCACCUCACUGUCCUCAUUAUCUUCUAUGGCACUGGUCUAUGUAUGUAUAUGAAUCCUCCUUCAGACCACUUAGAGGAGCAGGACGUGGUCUUUGCUGUGUUAUACACAGCUGUAACCCCCAUGUUGAAUCCUCUAAUAUAUAGUUUAAGAAAUAAAGAGGUGAAAGUGACAUUGAGGAGAAUUGUUGGUAAUAAAAGAAGUGUCUUUGGAUCAUUAUAAAUUAUUUACAUUACAAAUUUUGUUUUAAGAAUGACAAGAUUUCUAUUAUAUCUUCCACCCAGUUCUCCAAAACCUUUGAACAGCAAAUCUGUCAAUUUGUGCAGUAAUUUAUUCUCAAUUAACUCCCACUUUUAUAUUGGGCAUCUAUACAGUUUAUUUGGGCCAUUUAGGACAUGGUGGCCAUUUCAGUUUCACCUAAUAGCUAAAUAGGAUUUGUAUUAAACCUUCAAUGCAACUUCCCAAAGUGUAAGACAAGUACAAACUAUUGCAAAAAUAGCAUCACUUUAUUGAAAAAUAUAUGCAAUUUUAUGUGCAUUGUGUUAUUGGUGACUGUUAGGGCUCUUAUUUGAUUCUAUCUCGCAUGGUCUUUUGUGCAACUAUUACCAUCUAAUAUAUGUAUAUGUGGGAUUUUCUUCUGUUCCUUUUGGGGAUA